CGCUGACGCGAGCUUCUGUCUACGUCUCGGGUAAAGUGUGAAGCGCGCGCGGGUUCUGUUCUGAGUCAAGAAUGCAAAACUACUGUAAAGAGGAAGGAGAGAAGAGUGGAUGGGACAUGAAACCCUCUCAGAUAAAAACAGAAGAUCGUGGACACAUACUGAGGUUCAAUUACAAAAGCGAUAAGUAUGAAGUGAGCUAUAAUGUUCAUCUGACCGUCCAUGAGAUUCUUCAAACAAACUCCACAUUUAAACGCAUCUGUGAGAAAUGGGGGAAAGAGAAGGAACUAGUCAUAAGGAGAGAGAAAAUGUCUAGAGCUGCCAUCACACCAGACUUCCCCAGCUUUCUCCUCGACAGCAACGAGCUUCUGGACAUCAUGUUCAUGAAAUCUGAUGGAAACAGCCAUCCAGCGAAGAUGAAGACACGCACUGAUUAUUCACAUGACAACUUGGUUAGUUUCUACAUCAGGACUAAAGGUGAUGGUGAUAAUAUCCAAAAGCUGAUGAAGAACUAUGAAUUAGGGAAAAGAGUGGAUUACGUGUGUGUGUGGGCAGUGAAAGACGAAAAGGUGAAAGUGGCACUGAAGCGUGAUAGAAGAUUUAACAGUGUGAUCUUCAAAAAAGGAAUCCUCUUCGAGCAGGAGAGCGAGAGCAAAACAGAUCUGUCUAACCUCGUUAAUUAUCUGGAUGGAAAGUGUUUUCGGGUCCGUGUGUCACCUCAUCCCCCCGGCAGCCAGGAGUCAAGUCAGGAGUUAAAUGAAGAGUUAAAUGAGGAGUCAAGUCAUAAGUGUGAAACACAGAAGAAUAUUAAAAGUGAAGUUCCUGAUACUGCUCAGGAAACGAACCCCAAUGGAGAUUCCACCAAGUGUAAAGAGAAGAAACCAGAGACACCAAUGAAAGAAACAAAGUCUACAAAACACUCAGACAUAAGAGCGAUCCCAAAUUCAGAGGAGAUCCUGAACCUUCUCCGAGCUCAGCAUAAAGAAUUGAUAAAGAUUCUGAAAGAACGAAAGAAUCUGAAGAAUAAUGCUGAAGUGGAGAAGUUCUUCAGACAAGAGUAUGAUAAAAGUGUUCAGAGCUUUUCCGAGGUGAAGAGAGUGAGAAAGCUGUUGGAGAUGUCCAACUCCGUCUGCCAGAUCCGCAGUGAUGGUAGUCCCAUAGGAUCGGGGUUUCUACUCUUUGGUAGAUUUGUUCUCACCAAUGCUCAUGUUGUUGGAGAUUUAGUCUCUAAUUCAGCAAAACUGAAAAAGCGUCUGACAGCUGUGUUUGGAUUUGAAGAUCUGAACAAUGCAGGAAAUGAGGAAACUGUGGAGGAGAACGUUAUAGCUUACUUGAAGAGUAAAGAUGACAUAGGGAACCCUCUGGAUUUUGCUUUGCUGGAACUGAGCAAGGACGGUUCUGACCUGAAACUUCCUGAACUGUUAGAUUAUUAUAGUCAUCCUUCCACCAGUGGUGACAUCUGCAUUAUUGGACACCCAGAUGGUGGAAUCAAACGUAUGGACCCCUGUUUUAUUAUCCCAAAGCAGGACAUUCAGCAAGAAGCCAUGGCACACCUUCAUCACAACUCACAUGUUAAUAUGUGUCAUGUCUUGACACAACGCUGCCUGCAGGAUAAUCCUCUGUAUCAUUCCUACAUCCCUUACCAUUCCUGUUUCUUCCAUGGAUCUUCUGGCUCACCAGUGUUUGAUGAGUCCUGCAGCCUGAUUGGUGUCCACACCGGGGGUUAUGCUUACGAAGAAGGAAAGAGAACGAGGAGUGUGAUGGAAUUUGCCCUGCCACUGUUCCCUGCUCUGGUUCACAUCUUCACACAGUGCAGUGAGUUAAAAAGAGAUGAUGUAGUUCAGUAUUUUGAGCAGAAAAGCAACAUGAGAGAUGUUCUACAAGAGGCAAAGAAACAGCUACAGGGAAAUCCUGAGCCCAUGAUCACUGACUGAUGAUGAUGAUGAUGAUGAUGAAAUCCACUUAAUCCACACCAAGUCACAUCACCACCACCACCAUCAUCACCACCUGACAGAAGAGUUCCUGAAAACUCAAACGCUGAUGUGUUCAGUAGACACUUCUGAAGAAAAAAUGCUGGAAUCAAGAGGAAAAUGAAUCUGAUAGACCAGUGAUUGGUUACUGCAUGUGUUCUUGGACUUCUCUUUCUCCCUCUGAACUUUCUCAUGACUGCUGAUGUUGAGAUGUUCAUAUUUACUCAUUUCACUAAUUUGACUUUUCUCUCUACUUUUAUGAUCCUCCAUUGUGCUUAAUCUUCAUUUUAGCAAACUAUGAGAAUAAAAUCACAUGUGGAAAAGAGAUGGGUUUCUUUUGAUGUUCUUCCUGCUUGACUGUAGGUCUGUGGGUCAUCUCCAUGUUGUUGGCAUGUUCCUGUGUGAGGUUCUGGUUUUGAAUUUACAUGUGGCAGAGGGUUAAAUCUGUUCACACUUUCAGGAUCAGUGAACAUGGAGCUCCAUUAAACCUUCAAAUAAAAUCAUCCACAAACAAAAACCCAUUUCUCCACACAGCGAGAACAAGCAGACCACCAGAAAGAACAAAAACACUCCAGACUUACAAACUCUGGUUACAGCAAGACGUCUUAAUCACGCUGCACUUUAAAACAGGAAGUGAGCUGAAAGUGAACAGGAAGUAGUUGUCAUGAGGUUAAAGUGAGUGUGUGUGUGUGUGUGUGUGUGUGUGUGUGUGAGAAACAUUUUCUUAUCCACACUGAAGCUUAUUUGGUGCUGAAAUGUCGACUUCCUCAGACUUUCUCCUGGAGGUAGAAGGUGUAGUCCAGCCUCCUGCUCACACUCACACUUCCUGUUUUCUCUAAACAGGAUCUCAUUAACAGCUUCAGUCUGAUACUCAGGUUCUGGUUCUCCACCUCAGGAAGCAACCAUGUGAGUAUG